AUGAUCAAUAAUCCAUCUGCUUUUCAAGAUGCUCUUGAACGUGCUCGACAAGUAGCACAAAAAAUAACUGCAGCCGCACCAAAUUCUUCUGGAAAUCCAUCAUUAAAACGACCAAAUAAUGAUGAUGAUUAUUCAAAUAAACGUCCAGCAUUUACAUCACCAACACAAACAAAUGAUCUUCCACCACCUGUUUUACGUGCUCAACAAGUUGCACAACAAAUUAAUUCACAAUUAGGUGUAAAAUCAUCACCAGUUGAUCCAUCAAUAUUACCAUUAUCAAAUCAAUUAACAUUUCAAGAAGAUUAUAAAAUUCCAGAUAAAUUUGUUGGUUUAAUUAUUGGUAAAGGUGGUGAACAAAUAAUUCGUCUUCAAGCUGAAAGUGGUUGUAAAGUUCAAAUAUGUCAAACACGACCUGAACCUAUUCCUGGUGGUCCGAAUCCACCAGAUCGUUUAGCAAAUUUAUGUGGUACAAGAGAUGCUAUUGAACGUGCUAAACGUAUUAUGGAUGAUAUAAUAGCAAAAGGAAAAAUGGCUGAAGGUGGUCCUAUUGGUAUAAAUCCAUAUUCAAUGGGUGGUACAAAUAUUAAAUCUAUUGAUGUUAUGUUACCAUCAGCUAAAUGUGGAUUAGUUAUUGGUAAAGGUGGAGAAAAUAUUAAACGUGUAUCAGAAGAAUUUGGUGUUAAAAUGUAUGUUGCUCAAGAUACAUCGGAAAUUGAUGGUAUUGAACAUAAACCAUUAAAAAUGACAGGCGAAGCUGAUAAAGUUGAACGUGCUAAACAAUAUAUACUUGAUUCAUUAGCAAAAUCAGGUGGUUUACCAGUACCAAAUCGUUUUCAUACAAAUUCAACUAAUACAACAUCAUUUAAUGAUUAUGGUUCACGAGCUGGUGGUACACCGAUGAGUGGUCCAUGUAAUGAAGCAAAUUAUCAUGCACCACAUGAUAAAGCAGGAAUUAUAAUUGGCAAAGGUGGUGAAAGUAUUAAAGAAAUAAAUCGAAGAUCAGGUGCUUUUGUUGAACUUGAUAAAACUUAUGUACCUGCUAUUGGAAAUUCAUCGGAUAGAUUAUUUAAAUUACGUGGUACACCUGAACAAAUAGUUGCUGCACAACAAUUAAUGUAUGAAAAAAUUAUUAAUAGUCCCGGUGGUCCUGGUGAUAUGUUAACACCAUUACAAUUUCAACAACAAUUUAAUUUACCAUUAGUUGGUGCAAAUACAGUUGAUUCAUGGAGUGGAAAUAAUGAUCCAUAUGCACAUGAUGCUAAUGGAGCUAAUGCAAGUGAUCCUUAUAGUCAAUGGGCAAAUGCUUAUGGACAAUGGCCUCAAAUGAAUCCUUAUGAUAAUAGUACAUCAACUAAUAAUUCAUCAUCAACUACAGAUGCAUCAGGAAUGCCACAAAUGGAUCCAGCUUGGUUAGCUUAUUAUCAAUCAAUGAGUUAUUAUAAUAUGAUGCAAGCAAGUAUGACAGGAGCUACUUCUUCAGGUACAUCAACAAGUACCACAACAACAAAAGCAACAGAUUCUACAGCUACAAAUACUAAUAAUAAUCCGACAACACCUGUAAUUAAUCCAACUACUGGACAACCUGAUUAUAGUCAACAAUGGAUAGAAUAUUAUAGAUCAAUUGGACAAAAUGAUAUUGCUGAUCAAAUCAUGCAACAAAUGAAAGAGUCUGGUUCAUCGUCAACAUCAACAUCAAAUACAAAUACAACAAAUUCAUCGUCAACUAAUCCAAAUGCUGCUGCAGCACAAGCCGCUGCUGCUGCUGCUAUGAUGAUGUCUGCUAGUAAUCCUUGGGCAGCUUAUGCACAACAAUGGAAUAGUGGAGCAAAUGGAAUGGGAUCAACAAACACGACAAAUGGUAGCAGUUCAUCAACUGCACCUUCUUUUUAA